UUGGAUUUUUUUGAACAGAUUACAAAUGAUCCUAACUUUCUAUGGAGGAAGAGGGAAUGUGGUCAACUCAAACCUGGGUGUUCUCACUUUAAAUGGCAAGUGGUUGUCAUUAGAGGUUGAUUGGGGUUUUUGGCCGAAAGCAGGAGGAAAGGAAUGCGGUUGGUGAAGCUGAUGGUGUUUUGUAAGGAGAGAGGGGAGAACGCUAUUCCAGUCGCUAAAGGGCCUCUUGUUCCCUUAAUGAAUUUUGACAACAUGGGAUUAAAGAGGAUUGGAACAGUUAGGGCCAUGGUUAGGAGCUCAUGGAGACAAGGGAGGUGCCUGGGCUUGGAUGGAGGACCAUGCCCCUCAUGUUGAUUAUUCCUCAAUGAAUAGAUAGGGCGGCAACUUGUGGGUUAGGGACUGUUUGUUGCCAAAAUCCCUUGCUCUUCCCAUGAACUGGUUAAAUAGAUGAGGACGUCCAAU